GUUUAUACAUGCAAAAACUGGCAGAAUAACGCAAUUCUUGGUGUUGCAUUGCGCCACACCUGUUCGACAGAAUUCCUGAAAGAAUAUUAAAACCCUAGUUUGUGCAUGCUAUUUCUUAUGGCUUUGCUUCAUCUCCCUCUUGGCCGAAUGCUCACACGAAUCUCCAGCCUUUCCUGUUUGCAUUUCAAUCCACUCUGCAACAACUUCUCCACCAUUACUCUUCCUCACAAGCCAUUGCUGAAGAUUUCAAGGAUUGAAGCCCGGGCAAACACUCGAACAGAAAGUGCUAAAAUUAGGAAUCGCAGGAGGCGUAAGAAGUUCAAUGGUUCGGCUUCAAAGCCAAGGCUUUCAGUAUUCUGUUCCGGCAAGCAAUUGUACGCCAUGCUUGUCGAUGAUCAGAACAAGAAGACACUAUUCUAUGGCAGCACUUUGCAGAAAUCCAUCCGCCAAGACCUUCUUUGCAGCACUAUAGAAGCUGCGCAAAAGGUGGGAGAAGAGCUCAUCAAAGCAUGCAAAGAAUUAAACAUUUCGGAGAUAUCAUCUUAUGACCGGAAUGGAUUUGCCAAAGGGGAGAGGAUGGCUGCAUUUGAGAUUGCUAUCUCACAGCAUGGAUUCUUACCACACUAGCAACUACUACUAGUCUUCUUCUUCUUCUUCUUCAUUGAUGUAAUUGAUAACAUAUGUUGUGUAGUUUUGAAU